UCCCACAGACAAUGGGAGCCAGAGGUAGAGAGCUUAAAAAGGAUAGGCACACAGUUACAGCCAGCAUCCCUGGAGAGAGACCAGCCAAACAAGAGUUGCUGAAUGUGUUUUCCACAGCAUCUCCACAAUGCUGUACACUCUGGCAGGAGGAGGCACUCUGUGUGGUGUGGCCGCCCUCGUGCUCCUCAUCGUUUCCACAGCAACGGACUUCUGGAUGCAGUAUCGAUACUCGGGUAGUUCGGCCAACCAAGGGCUUUGGAGGUUUUGCAUCAACCACAAAUGCCAUGCUCACACCAUAACGGUGGCCUUCUGGGACGCCACACGGGCCUUCAUGCUGCUGGCCGUGCUGAGCUGCUUCGCCGGCGUGGUGCUCGGUUUGAGCGCCUUCACGAACGGCACCAAGAACCGUAGAGUCCGCACCGGUGGCAUCGCUCUGGCGCUGUCAGGUUUUCUUGCUUUGCUGGCUUUGGCAGUUUACACUGGUGUGACCGUGACUUUCUUUGGCAAACGCUUCCUGGACUGGCGCUUUUCCUGGUCCUACAUCAUAGGCUGGGUUGCAGUCAUUUUAGCUUUUGCAGCAGGUCUGUUUCAGAUCUGCGCAUUCCAGAGGACAACAGCAGAACCUGCUCCUUCAAAUAACCCGGACAGCUGAACAUUCAUGAGCUCCAGUUCUGCUGCACCGGAUAUUAAAAGAUGCUUUUGAUUAGUUACAAUUAAAUAAAUAGAAAUCAGUUUA